GAAGGUAUACAUUAGAGGCACAGACUUAACAGGGAGGAAUGAAUAAUUAAAUCGUCAUUCUGUUUUACGAGGGUUACGAUAGCAUUUACUAUGAACAAAACGACGAUAGAAAAAAAGUAUCUGAAAGUAGUGAAGACAUGCAGUAUGAUCGCCGGAAUUUGGCCUGAUCAGAGUAAAUUUUCGAAACUGUUCACACGAAUAAUUAUAUAUAUCAUUAGCGUGUUAUCGCUUGCUACACAGAUGGCAAAUGUAAUAUGUUUCUUUAGCCUAAAUACCCUAAUAGAGCAGGUGUGUUUUUUUAAUGCGAUAGUCGGGGCACUGAUAAAACAAGGGAAUUACAUUAUUAACGCUGCAGAGUACAAGAUGUUAUUUAACGCUGUUUGGAAGGAUUGGUCAACCGAUAGACUAAAUGAUGAAUUGGAUAUUAUGAUCGAGUAUGCCAAAAAGGGAGCAUUCUUUUCCUGGUUGUAUUUCGGAGUUUGCAUUUGCUGUGCUAUAAGUUUUCUUCAAUUAUCUUUAACGCCAAUUGUUUUGGAUAUAAUUUCACCAAUGAACGAAACGCGAGAUUUAAUGUACAUUUUUCCAGCUUAUUAUUAUAUCAAUGACCAAAUCUAUCGUACGUUUAUAAGCUUUCAUAUGAUGUGUACGAUUAUUUCAACAUGUCUCGUGUAUAUUGGUUGCGAUACGAGUUACAUGUACAUUGUGCAACACGCUUGUGGUCAGUUAGCAGUGGCUAGAUAUCGUUUCAAGAAUGCGAUUUUAGAUUUUCCUAUUGUCAGUGAAACGAGUGUCGUGCAGGAUAAGAUUUACAAAAGAGUGGUUCAUUCGAUUCGAGGACAUCAAUAUGCUACAAAUAGUUACCUCAGAACUAUUCAAAGCAGUCAUUCCGCCUAUCUUUUCAUCACCGUUGCUUUGGGAAUGACAACUCUUAGUGUCACAUUAGUAAAGGUUGCAUCGCAAGCGAAUGUCUCUGGACAACUUAUUAAGGAUAUUGUAUUUCUCUUGGCUCAACUGGUACACAUAUUUUUCUUUUUAUUACAAGGACAAUUCGUACUGAAUGCAAACGAUGAAUUUGCCGAAUCAAUAUAUAACACAUUCUGGUAUAAUACUAAUACGAGAACGAAACUGUUGCUUGUAUUAGUACUAAGAAGUUGCUCAAGUGCUCCUAAUCUAUCAGCUGGAGGACUGCUAGUCUUCAAUUUGAAAAACUUCUCAGAGAUUCUGAAAACAUCUUUUUCAUAUUUCACCGUACUAAAAACCACGUGAAGUAUGUAACAUAUCCGACAAAGGCGAUAGAAUCAAAUUCCAGAAUGAAUAAAGUUUUACGGAUAAGAUAUGCAUUUAAUCAGGAUGUUCUCUGCUUUUCAACCACCGAGUUCUUUUUAUUUUACACCUCUACAGUAUAACAUUUGAUGAGGAAAUGAUAUGAAAUUUCAGAAUGUCUAGACAACGGGAAUUUGUACCGCGGUUUGAGUUUAAGUUCUCGAAUUUUAAUCACCUCACAUCAGUUUCAAACAGAAUCUUGUUUGCGAUUUGAAAAGUGCUAAUGAAUAAUUUUGAAUAAUGGUACAA